CAGAAGGAGGCACGAGACAGAACAAUAGAAGCAUCUGAAUGGGCUGCGAGUGAACGAGGAAAAACCACGCCAGAUUUGCAGUCACCAGAUCAGAGGUCGGAACUCGUCAAAGAAAAAACCAGCCCGGCUUCCCUCCAUUUAAGUUUGAGGAACGUGCGAAGAUGAUGUGGAGAUUGACUCUUGCCCUGGCGGUGGUGUGCAACUGCGUGAAGGCUGACGUGAUGAGCCGGCUGAUCCUACCGAGGGACUAUGGGGUGAAACUGUGCGGGAGGGAGUUUAUCAGAGCCGUCAUUUUCACCUGCGGCGGCUCCCGGUGGAAACGAUCCACGGAGGGGGACCUGGAUCCCUACCAGUUGAGCUCCCUCAGCGACGUUACAGAGCAAGAUGACCACCAAGCCUGGCGACGCGCCGCAGACCUCGCAGAAAUCCACUCUCCUGUCCACGUCGCGUCCUCUUUCUCCCUUAUGGACCUCCUGGCUCUUUACCGGGCCGCUGGAGACAUUCAGCAGCGGUCGCCGGGCGUCCCAGACCCGACGGGGGACUCUGCAGAUUUAAUCGAGCGAGAGGGGAACCUGGGAGGUGCAGCUGAUUGGCCCAUGGCAAGCAAGAAGAAGAGGAACUUUUCUCUGGGAGUGGCGGGGAUGUGCUGCACCCAGGGCUGCACCAAGAACGAUAUCGGACGCUUGUGCUGAGGGACGAGGAAAAAAGGGGGCGGGUCGGGGGAGAAAGGGUGUCGUGGCAUGAAGCUGGCGCGAUGUGCAUUAAUGGGAAGCAUCCAGCUGUACAAAGACAUAAAGAGGAGGAGGAGGGCGAGUUUACAUCUGCUGCUCCCGCUCGUGUCUCCUCAUCACUCCAGCUUCAUGCCUCUCAGUCAUGCUUUAUUCAUUGUCCUCUAUUAUUUGAUAUUUCGUUUCAAAAAACAAAUAAAGAUCACAUUCUGUAUGUGCUGUAUGUCACCCUGUCCUCGAAUAAAUUUUAAAUACUGUGUUAAUAUGAA